AUGGGACAAAAACCUAAAGAAGUUGGUUGAAUGCAUUUUCCUAAAAUCUCGAUCUAUUUUGUUAACAGUUUUGUCCACGCUUCAGCUCUAGCAAGAGAGGUGACUUUUCUCAUCUAAACACGAGGUGAAAACCAUGAGCCGUUCUCGUAUAGGGCUACAGCUUCAUAUAGGAGGACUCUUUUAUACACCCUCCGAGAUGAGUUUUGAAUGAGAUGUUUCAGAUGUACAAUAAAACUUUAUAAUUACUAUAUGUAUUUUUAGCUUCAGCAGAUAUCCGUUGGCAUAAAGUAUCACGUUUUCAGAAAAAGUAUACAAUGAAGUUUCAUCAGAAUAUUGCAGAUUAUACUGUUAGCGCAUCACAGGACAGUGUGACAGCAUCUCAGGUAUGCUUUUCUUUAAUAUUCUAUAAUACAAAUCUGAGUUCAAUCUGCCUUUUCGUUGGUCGAGAGUUGCACUGAUGGCGCAAUUUUCAAAACGUAAUAUCUCAAAAGCAUCACGUACAUAUAUGACUGGUACAAGGCAGCAUUCCAUUCGGAUACGGGGUUGCGACACUGCUGAUCGGCCCAGUUGAAUCGACGUGUUUACGGGGAGAGAAUAUCUUAGAAUGUACAAAGGACGUGAGGGGCGUUACGUGAAUGGGAGGGGGGGGGGUUGGUUAGUGUUGCCAACACAAGGCCAGCGACUGGGGACUCCGAUUACCGGGAGAGAAUUGCCCAAGCAGAUGGGGCAGGAAUCAUAUUCCACGCGUGAGGUGCGAGAGAACGAGUUUUCGCAUUCUAGAUCCGCCAGAAAAAUCGAUUGGGAUUUACGAUUUUUACGCUGUAAGCAAGCUGAAUAGCGACACCAAAAUAAAUUUUGUCCUUCACUUUAUUUUAUAGAAUAACAAUGGCGCAACAAUAUUUCAUCGUUUUGAUUUAAGGGUCCCAAAUAAGCCUUAUGUUGUUCUUAAAUCCACCAGUGGCAAAAACCUCUACCUGAGCAGUGAUGGAGCUGGAAACUUGAAACUGAAAUCUUGGAACCUGCCCAAGAGGAGCCCUCCUGGUGCGAGCAAAUACGUCGAUCCAGCCUUCUUAUUUAGGUUGGUUAAGACUUAGGGAGAGGAAAAUACAUUGCCAGUAUUUUGUACGACAAUAUUUUAAAACAUUUUUGCGUUUGUUUGGAGUCAUUCCUUAUACCUAUAUGAAUAGGCUUUCCUGUUCGUUAGUUGAUGACAAUAGAGAGUUAAGCUUCACGCUUCCGGGAACGGCAAACGGCAACUUCGAACUUUCUUUUCAAAAUUUUCGUUGAACGUUUCUGUUUCAUAUUUUAUUUCUUGCAUCAAAAGAAUAAUUAUGUAUUUCAGUUUUAGAACAGCAAGUUCAUUUACUCUUUAUUGCCUGAUACCGUAAUUUUUUCUUUGCCUGGCGUUUGCCGUUUUACUGACGUAUAACGCGAAGCUUAAACUCCUUAAUACAAGACAACCCAGAAUCACUGAACAUUUCUAUAUAUGCAGUUGUCCUUUAGCAGUAUGAUUUGAGUAAACUUUUAUUCAAAUGAGGCCGGUGAGUAACCAGAAAUUUUAAUCUGUAGUUUAAUAUAAUACAAUUUUUGCAAAUAAAAAUCAGUAAGUUGAGUAGCAGAUUUGCAUGAGGUAUAUAAGGAGCGUUUCUUUUGUGAAUCUAGAUUUGGAUUUUUAGGAUUCGAAUUUUGCGGAUUCGUUAAACAAAUGGAACGAAUUGUGGGAAUCGGAAUUCGCCUGCUCUUUUCCCGCUACUUUUACAAUAAGUUUUCUGUCCCACUAUACCUUUCGGUCGGGUCAAGGUGCAUGCUAGAAGGCCAGAUGCUCAAAAGGAACGUUGCAUCCUAAUCAAGUUUCAGAUUGAAUCCGAAAAAUCCAUAUGUUGAUCAGAGGUGGAUUCAUCAGAUACGAAUCUACAGGGUGUAUAAAAAAAAA